ACCCAGGGACGUUUUCCGGUCCCCUUCGGCGGGUGCCUGGGGCGCGCGCUGUCUCCACGCUCGGGGCCUAGUGCGCGGUCACCGUCGCCCUCACUGCACGACGCCCGUGGGGUGCGCGGCCCGCGAUCCGCGGUGACCCCGGUGGCCGGGGUUCAGCGGCCAGAGGGCGCUGCGGCGUCCGGGCGCGGGCGUGGCGCGAGCAGCCGGCGGGCUGCGCCAUGGCGCUGGGAGCCGCGCUGCGGGCCAGGGCCGGGGCCGGGCCCGGGGCCGGGGCGGGCGGCAGCCUCGCGCUGCGCUGGGUGCGGAGCCGGGCCCGCGCGCGAGGCGACGAGGACGCCCAGGCCGUUCUGGAGCUGGAGGCCGAGGCCGCGGGGCGCGCGGACCCCGAGAGCGCGGGCACCCGGGGCGGCCAGGCACCGCGCCCAGCCGCGCGCGCCGAGCCGGAGCCCGAGCCGGAGCCCGAGCCGCGGGCGCCCGGAGAGCCGCGCGGGAAGCGGCGCCGACGGCGGCUGAAGAAGUACGGCAAGAACGUGGGCAAGGUCCUCACCAAGGGCUGCCGCUAUGUCGUCCUCGGCCUGCAGGGCUUCGCUGCCGCCUACUCUGCCCCCUUCGCAGUGGCCACCAGUGUGGUGUCCUUCGUGCGCUAGAGGACCCCACGCCUUCCGGACCGGAGCUCACGGGACACACAGAUGAGAAAGCUGUCUUCUUUGUCAGAGUGGAUGGAGUCAGGCCUGAGCCCCCCUGCUGCUUCCAGCUCCCGUGGCUCCCGGACACAGUGGCCCUGGGGUCAUCCUGUGGGACUCAGGCGCAGGUCCUAUUUGGCGCCAGGGGCAGUUUGCCCCCAGGACACUUAGAACCUUCAUGGGAGGUGGCAGGCAGGGGUGAGGGUGGAUUUGAGUAGCGUGGGCUGCAGAUGGUCAUUCCAAGGCAGGAAGGACUCUUGUUGGGGUCCUGAGUCCACCCAAUUGUCCCAUGCAGGUCACGGGCUUCCGGGGGCACCCCGGGCCUGGCUGCCUGAAUUCUACAGUUGUUCUCUCCCCACCUCUCCCUCCCAACUCUGUGGCCAGGGGUUUCAUCACAGGCUCGGGAGGAAGGAAGACAGGAGGGACAGAUGGACAAACUCCCUUUGAAGGCUGUGAAGCUUUGCAAAGCGCAUCCCCAGCUGGGCCACAGCUGUAAAGGAAGGGCUCACUGUCUGUCUCCCCACAAGAGUCUCCCCAUGACAUAAGCAGCUAGGGGAAGCACGAGCUCUGGUACCUGGGCACAGCUCCUCUGGGACGCUGCGCUCCUCCCGGUGUCUGGGAGCUGCAGGUGGGGGUGGUGGGAGGAGGGAGCUGGAAGCUGGGGGAGGUGCGGAUCAGAGAAGGAACCAGUAAGUAGCAGAGGGGCUGAGGAUGCAGAUGUAGAGAGGGCAGCAAGGACACCGGAGGAGAGCCGGGCAUCCAGGGCCUGGACAGAGUGUCCAGCCUCGGGGGUCCCAGGGCUGCUGGGCUUGCAGCUCUGGGGUGACCAGGGAGGUGGGCAGGGCGUCGUGCUGGGGAGCUGUGCUCUGCAGCCCACGGGAUCAAGUGGUUGGGCAUGGGGCCCCCACUGGGGCUCGGCGGCCCAGGCUCCUGGACUGGAAGGUUAGGGCGGAUGGGAUCCUGGCCCCUGCCUGGGCAGCCUGGCUGUGUUGGACGUCUAGGGGCUCACAGGGCAGCGGAGGGCGGAGAAGAUCUGACUGCAGCCCGGAGGCAGAUCCAGAGCCUGGACGCUCCUGCCUCCUCCACGCAGCCUGCAGGGCCUGGGAGGCAGGGAAGCUGACAGACAGAUGGACAGACUGAUGCAUGGACGGAUGGACAGGCCGAUGGAUGGACGGAUGGCUGGAAGGGAGAAAGCGGUGGCUGGACACAGGGUGGAGUAGGAGAAGCAAAGCUAGGUUAGGAGACCAGAAAGAUCAGAGCUGUAAAACUGUGCUUUUCAGGAAAACCUGCUUUAGGACACAAAAGUUACUGGAGCCUUUUUUCCUUUCAGUGAACUCAAAUGUCUUGCGGGGUCUUAGAAUACGCCGCUAAAUUGGGCUUUGGGGCCCGUGUGUUUCAAUCUGUCCACUACACAUUCUCCCCAAACUUCCACUCUCUGGGAGGCAGCAGUCACGGAGACUGUGUUCUCAUGAGUAUGUGACCAGCAGUGGGGCCCACACCCGAGACUGCUCCGACCCCAAGCCCUGUAAAGACCCCAGCUGCAGACCAUAGGGCCACCCGGGGGCUGUGCUCUGACUUUCUGUGUACACUUUAAAUUUUUGUCUAAUAAAUUCCUUUAUACCUCUU